CUGUCUUUCAGAGAGGAGUGUGUGCUGUGUGGGUCUGGCUUGAUAUUUUCAGCAGGCAGAGCAGAGGAGAGGACCUGAGAGGAAGUGGCUCAGCACUCUUAGGAAGAGUGAUAGUGUGUGUAUGUGUGGAGAGCAGCACAGCAGAUCCAGACACAAAGGAAUACAAAGCUUUUCUCAACACAAAGAACUGCCCUGUCAGCUCCACCAGACCAGGAGAGAGAAGGACAGUGCUGUUGGACAGAAGGGAAACAGUGCUGCAGUCCAGAAACAGAGGAUAGAGACAUGUCAAGUGCAAUCCUGAGACGAAACUCGAGCAAGCAGGGCUUGCAGAACCUCCUGAGAGUGACAGCCCAGCGCAGUAUCGAAGAUGCAGAGGAGAUCGAGAGGGAGCGGCGGCGCAGGGCUCGAGAGUCUCUCCGGAAGGAACGAAGCCUCACUGGAUCUUCUGGGUCCCCUCAGGACGGCUCGGGACCAACAGAGGAGUGCCUUUAUCACAGCGGUCUGAAGCCCAGCAGCCCUGGAGGUCUGGAGGAAGACGAAGGCUUCAGUGACUGGACCCAGAGACUAGAGCGAGACAGACGAGCCAGGCAGGAGGAGAACGGCCCCAGAGAGGAGGACCUGGAGGUGGAAAGAACCAUGAACGGAGCAACAAAAAGAGAAGACAAGAUCAGCUCCAGCGUACUGACUCAACCACUUAAGGCCCAAUACCAAGUGGAGGAAGAGGAGGAGUACCAGCCCGUGAAGAAGAGCAGUGUGAAGCGGAUGCAGUUUGGAGAGAGACAGAGCAGCUUCAAGGACAAAGAGGCAGAAGAAUGGAAGGAAGAGGUGACGAGAAUAAACAAGAGACAAGAGGAAGAUCCAAGACCACACGCUGAGGAGAAGGUGAAGAGACAGGAAGUAAAGGUCUCAUACACAUCCAAAGUCUUCCUGCAGCACGACAGGAUGCCCAGUGCCAACAAUGAGGACACUGCUGGAGAGGAAGUGACUUCACAGCUGUUUAAAACCAAAAAGACUGUGAGCAGGAAUACGGGUCAGACCUCUGAGCCGAGGGAGCCGGCCGAGGGGAAUCUGGAAACAGAGCAGAAGCUGGAGAAGAUCCGGCGAAGCCACCAGGAGAAAGAGAGCCAGGAGCUGGAGCAUCUCCGCCUGCGGCAGGCCGAGGCCGAGGUGGAGCUGGAGGAGCUCAAGAGGAAGAGAGAGGAGAGACGGAGAGUCCGUGAGGAGGAGGAACGCAGGAGAGAAGAAGAGGAGCAUCUGAGGCUGGUGAAGGAGGAGGAUGAAAAGAGGCAGAUGAAGGAGGAUAUUGAGAGGAGGAGGAUGGAGGCAGCUGAGAAGAGGAUGAAGAACCUGAGCACAUCCAGCCCAGAUAAAGAUGAUUCCUUUAACCCUCUUAGUCCAAAGAGUCACACUAAUAAGAGAGAGCAUGAGGAGAGAUUGACAGCUGAAAAUACAUGCUUGAUUACAGAGAGAACAGAAUCCUUGAAUCGAUCUUUAAAGAAAAGCAACAGUUUUAAGAAGACUCAACCACCGGUACUGCUGUCGAAGAUUGAUGACAGACUGGAGCAGUACACUCACGCUGUGGAGAUCUCAGCAAAAGAACCAAAGACAGUCAAAGCAGCUGCAGUGGACAUGCCCAGUGUUCCUGAACCUGUCACAGCCAAAAAGAAUCUGUUUGAGGCAGGAGAAGCCUGGAACCAGACCACAUUCAAAGGAACUCCAUCAAAGGACACUGAGGGGCUGAAGGUAGCUGUGGCUGAACGUAUCACUCAGUGGGUGAAAGGGAGCCCAGAGAGUGGCAACAAAAACAUGCCCUCCAAACCAUCCGAUGUUAAAGCAGGAGAUGUGCUACAAAAGAAGAACAUGUGGGAGAUCAUAGGAGAGGGAUCAGCAGGAGGGCAGUCAGGAGCUGCAGGGAAGAACACCUCUGCUGGUAAACGCUACAAAUUUGUUGUGACUGGCCAUGGCAAAUACGAGAAGAUUUCCAUCGAUGAUGACCAGUAUGAUGGCUACACAAACGGAAAAUCGAGUGACCUGUGCCAAAGUGACUUGUAAAGGCCUGCUGCAUGCUACCAUGAUGCGGUUAUCUGGAGGAUUUAUUUACAUUACCAAAUUCAUAUCCAUAAAUACCACAGGCAAAUGUCAAACAAUGUAACAGCACAUCUUGGUUGAAGAGGUCCACAACAGUUAUUAUUUUAUCAUACAAAUCACAUACAUAAUUAUAUCAGUAGGUCAUAAAGAACAUGAUGUUUACUUCUUUUCUUUUUCCUCACUUGUCCUUGUUUAUUGUUUUUAGACCACUGCAUCAGAUUACUAUGUAUUGUAUUUGUCUUAUUUGAUUGUGCUUUUAUCUUAUAUUCAUUAUGCAACAUUUGCAAUUAUAUUAUUCAGAGUUUAAAGUUUGUCAAGACUUUGUUAUGUUGAUGUAAAUAGGAUGUCGGAAAUGAAAGGUCACUGUGAUGCGCUGGAGUUGGUCUAGAGGACUCUAAACCAUAGUCUAAAGCUGUGUUUGGACUAUGGUAUAGACUACAGUAAAUUUCAAGGAAAAUCAAAUUCUUAUUUAGAGAACACUGGCCUUUUAAUAUACCUUUUGGAAAAAUGGCCUUUUUGAACUGGGUCACCAAAAUUAUAUUUUUCAUUGUACAGUUCAGUCCAGCUCACCAUUUAUGAUAUAUAUGUGGGAAACAUCUGUCAUUGAUGGGCAUAAUUUGAGCCACUAGGAUACACAAGGUAUAUUUUACACAUACAUAUAUGCAGCCAACAAAGUGCAGGCUGCUCUGGUCAAAUGACACAUUUGGGUACCUAAGAAAAAUCAAAUAAAUGUAAUUUAUAUUAUUAUUUUUUGUCAAUAGGUUAAAUUGUGACAAAAAAAUAAUUAUACUUAUAGUGUGGAUAAGUGCAUGCUCUUUAGGGAACGUGACUUAUUUACACUUCAUCAACACAAAAUUUGAUCAGGGUUGAAAGACUUUUGCAUAUGACUGUAAGACAUAUAUAUACUGUUUUAGGAUUUAAGGCUUUUUCUGUUGUACUUGUAUUUUGUUGAAUAAAUCUGUCUUUUUUUAUUCAAAA